GUCGGAACUUCCUAGUGCCUGCGGAAUACGGCUAAGGUCAUCAGCUGUAUCAAUGGAGGUUACCAUAAGGUUACAACAUGGCAAAUGCAGUUAAAUUUGUUCCUAAACUAAAAGAAUUGAGAAUUCAUUUAUGUUCUCGAUCAGAAAGUAGCAAGGGAGUAAGGGAUUUUAUUCAAAAGUCCUAUGUUGGUCUAAAGAAAGCCAACCCUAAAUUUCCAAUACUUGUUCGUGAAUGUUCUGGAGUUCAGCCUAAACUUUGGGCUAGAUAUGAAUUCGGGAAGGAAGUUAGUCGAGAUGUCUCAAAUAAAUCAGCAGACCAGGUUCUGAGUGAAUUAACAGAUCUCAAUAAAUGAAAAUAUAUUAUGUAUGUGUUAGUUAUGUUUUGUUAAUAAAUAGUAAUUAAAUUAAAUUAAGCUAAGACAGAGUUUAAAAAUUAUAUUUCAAUCCUAAUUUAUUUAUAGACAGUUUGUUACUGAUAAAUUAGGUGUUAAAUAUAAUUUUUUUUUUGGUUACUGUUGAUUAAAGUUGUAGGUUUUUUUCUGAUUAAGUGGAAUAAUAAUAAAAUAUUUAUCAAAC